AGAAGCAGCAGUCGCGGCGUUGAAGUGGUUGGCCGUAAGACGCGGAUCCUUCAGCUGGUCUUCUUGGCGGCGAAGCGCUGCCGGAGAAGCGUCCUGGAGGAACAAUGGAAACGCAGGCGCAAGGUCUGUUAGAAAGACAAGUGUUCCAUGAGACAGAUGAAGACACCAUUACUGAUGUCGAUUUGACCAAUGUGAUUUCUGAAGAAGAGCGAGAAGAAUUAAAAGUUGAAGUAGUCAAGCUAGAGGAUGAAAUUGCAACUUUACACCAAGUGUUAGCAGCCAAAGAGAAGCACCUUGUGGAAAUAAAGCAAAAGCUGGGCAUCAAUCUGAUGAAUGAGCUGAAGCAAAACUUCAGCAAAAGCUGGCAUGAUGUGCAAACUACCACUGCGUAUAAGAAGACUCAGGAAACUCUGACACAAGCAGGGCAAAAGGCCACAGCAGCUAUCAGCAAUGUUGGAACAGUUAUCAGCAAAAAGUUUGGAGAUAUGAGCUAUUCUAUCCGCCAUUCCAUGAGUAUGCCUGCUAUGAGGAAUUCUCCUACAUUUAAAUCCUUUGAAGAAAAGGUUGAGAGCACUGUUACGAGCAUUAAGACAAAAGUUGGAGGUACAACUCACCCUGGAGGAAGCUUUGAAGAAGUUCUUAGCUCUGCAGCCCAUGCCAGUGCCCGGAGCCCCAUUGCAGGCACCCGACUUUCAGAAACAGAAGAGGAGCUCCAUUGUUAG